UUCCCGCGGCCCGACAUCGUAGCGACUCUGCAGACAGAUGUUACAGACGUAUGGAAAUAAAAACAGCGCCGCCGCUCGCCCUUAUAUCCCUUCUCGGCAAAAGGAGCGAAUUUCGAUAGGCUGACAAGGUGACAUUGCGAAAACAGCCAAUGGGAACGCGGAUCGAAUAUUAACCAAUGGUGGUUAAACACGGAGAAUUACGCCUCUAAAACAUCUCUCAGCCAAUAAAAACUAAGAUUAGGGGAACCGAAAUUUGCAUACGGUCCCUAUAAAAGGAGAACGCGUACCGCUGACUUCAUCUACUGUUGUGGGUUUGUUAGCAGAGGUGUAGUGACAGGCAGACUAUAAUGCCUGAGCCGGCCAAGUCCGCCCCCGCGCCCAAGAAGGGCUCCAAGAAGGCGGUGACCAAGACGCAGAAGAAGGGCGACAAGAAGCGCAAGAAGAGCCGCAAGGAGAGCUACUCGAUCUACGUGUACAAGGUGCUGAAGCAGGUGCACCCCGACACGGGCAUCUCGUCCAAAGCCAUGGGCAUCAUGAACUCCUUCGUCAACGACAUCUUCGAGCGCAUCGCCGGCGAGGCCUCGCGCCUGGCGCACUACAACAAGCGCUCCACCAUCACCUCGCGGGAGAUCCAGACGGCCGUGCGGCUCCUGCUGCCCGGCGAGCUGGCCAAGCACGCCGUCUCCGAGGGCACCAAGGCUGUCACCAAGUACACCAGCUCCAAGUAGAGCGCCUCGGACCGUCCGUUUUAACCCAAAGGCUCUUUUAAGAGCCACCCACGUUUUCAGUAAAAGAGCUGAUGCUGUGGUGACUUGUUCUUGGGUGUCCCAGGUUCAUCUUGGGAAAAGGGGCGAUAAU